AUUGUUUUGUCUAUAUAAACUGUGUUUCGACGUUCAUGCGUAGGCAGGCAUACGGUAAUAGAAAGAGCAGUGGAAAAACGAAAAACAGCCUUAAGGUACCACGCACGAAAACAUGGGGGAGACCAUAGUCCUCUAUCCGUCGCCGUUGAGGGGUCACAUAGUCGCCAUGUUCGAGCUCGGACGCCUCAUUCACAAACACCACCCUCGCCUCUCCAUCAUUAUAAUCCUCUCCUCUGCCUCGAACGCCGCGGCCGCCCCAGCAGCGGCCGCCAACUCCGCUUCCAUCACUGUCCUCCACCUUCCAUCCGCCGCCACCGAGCACGAUGAGACGCCCUUCGAUUUCGCCCGCCGUGACACCUCCAACCUCCGCCUCGCCCUCGUCGCCAUCACCGCCGCCGCGGACCUCCGAGCCCUCGUCGUCGACGUCUUCUCAGACGCCGCCUUCCCUGUGGCGGCCGCCCUCGGCAUCCCGACCUACUACUUCUUCACCUCGGGCGCCGUUGCCCUCGCCGUCUUCCUCCAUUUUCCGACCCUCCAUGGGAGCACCACCAAGGGCUUCAAGGAACUUGGAGACGAGAUCGUGAAAAUACCUGGGUUGCCGCCGAUCAAGGCCUUGGAAAUGCCAACCGGCAUGCUUAACCGGGGCGGGAGAUUCUACGGCUACUUCUUGGAUGCUUGCAGGAACAUGAUCUCGUCGUCCGGCAUCAUUGUUAACACGUGCGAGUCGCUUGAGACUCGGAUCAUCCGUACCAUCAAAGAAGGAUCAUGCGUGCCGGACUUCCCGACUCCCCCUAUUUUUACCGUGGGGCCUUUGGUUGAGUCAAAGGUCGACGGCGACGACAAAGACGGUGGUGACGAGAGAGAAAGAAGGCACGAGUGCUUGAGCUGGCUCGACUCGCAACCGAGCCUAAGCAUCGUGUUCUUGUGUUUCGGCAGCGAGGGAAGGUUCUCCGCCGCACAGCUGAAGGAGAUGGCCUCAGGUUUGGAGAGAAGCGGGGUGAGAUUCUUGUGGGUCGUGCGGCCUCCGCCGCAGGAUGAGUCCGCAAAAUCAACAUCGGCGUGGAAAGACGAUGACGACACGAGCUUAGAGAAGUUCUUGCCGGAGGGAUUUUUGGAGAGGACAAGAGAGAGGGGGAUGGUGGUGAAUUCAUGGGCGCCACAGAUACAGGUGCUGAGUCACGGCUCGGUGGGCGGGUUCGUCACCCACUGUGGCUGGAACUCGACCAUCGAAGCCGUGCGCGCUGGGGUGCCAAUGGUGGCCUGGCCUCUCUACGCGGAGCAGAAGGUGAACAGGAACUUUCUCGUGGAGGAGGCCGCCCUGGCGCUCCCUCUGAGCAUGUCGGGCGAGGACAGGUUCGUGAGCGCGGACGAGUUGGCCAAGCGGGUCACCGACUUGAUGACGGGCUCGGGAGAAGGAAAAGCGGUCAGAGAGCGGGUCUUGGCAGCGAGAGACGGCGUGCUGGAGGCCUUGAGUGACGGCGGAUCUUCUCGGGUUUCAUUGGCUGCGGUGGUGGCGUUAUGGAAACGUGGCUGAGACCUAGUCCUCUCACUGUCAAUUGAAUAAUGGACCUCAACAGGGAAGAGCUACAACGACCGAAUUAGAGUACAAGAUCAGAACUGUUUCCCAUGAAGCACACCAGAAAUAAACAAAA